AUGACUAUUACCGAGCCACCACCAUUCUUCGAUGAAGCUCUGCUACAUGACGAAGACUGGAUCUCACACGCGGGACUACUUGCAACCAACCUCAAUGAUCUAGUAAGCAUGCGACUGGGAGAGAUGUCUAUAGACUUUUCCAAUUCGCAAAAUACUAUUCCGCCAACAGAACUUUUCAUGACAGAGUUUGUCCAGGACAAAUCAGAUAUCCACCACAAUGUACCUGUAGACUACAUCAAAGUGAGUCCAAAACACCAACCAUAUCUGAACGAGUUCUAUCAUUGGUUCGCCAAAGUCAUUCUACCCUUCUCAGCACAUUUCAAUGGCGUUGACCUCAACCCAGUGCGAGACGUCCUAUUAACAUAUGCUGCUCGCGAGAGAUAUCUCCUACUGGCAUUAUUAGCAUGUGGUGCCACGUCAUCACAUAAAAAGACGUCACUCGCAGCAGAUGAAUUAGCCUAUGGAGAGUAUUUGACAACAUGCAUCCAAUCGCUAGAACCGAUAUUUAAUGUUGAAACUACACUAGUAUCAAAGAUCGAGUCAAUUCUACUGACAGUGCUGGUUCUAACGUCAGACCACGCAUCGAGCAGCAAUCAGAACUGGCGAGCUCAUCUUCAAGGAGCAAAGGAGCUACUACUAAAAUACACAUCCCAAUCGAAGCAGUCACAUGUCUUAUUUCUGUGCAAAAGCUGGUACUCUUCAAUUGAGCUUCUUGCAGCAUUAGGAGCGCCGAACGGAGGGACCCUGAGAUCAGAUCGAGAGCUGGAGUUGCUAAUCUCACCUGACAACCCAGUCGAAAUGAAAUCUCUGACACAACUUCAUCUCUACGGUCCUAACGGGUUUAGUCUGUUACAUGGAUAUUCCAAGCAAUUAGUGACUCUAAUUCGUGACAUGGUAAAGCUUCUACAUAAAACGAGACCCUGGAACGAUGAUAGAAAAAGUUUGCCAUCAGGGGCCGAUAACCGGAGCAUGGAUCUUAUAUCGUACAAGGAAGUAUUGAGGGUCUUAUCAGGGUUGUAUCAGCAACUAGACUACACAGUUGGCGACCCAUCACCACUCAACGGCCUGUCAAGUGAGGCCGUGGAAAUAGUCAAACAGAACAACAAGCAAGUCUCGAUUUGCUGGUAUGACGUUUCCAACAAAUCAUAUACCCUUGCAGCACUAAUAACCAUGUUUACGAGUGUACAGGGCUUGUCGAAGCAUUCACCUAUCGUUCAGGGUGCAGUUAAAGAGCUCCUGUCACUAGUAAAUUUCCUAGACGGCCGAGUAGAAUCGUAUGGAACGUUCAUGCUCCAGCUACCAAUGUUUGUUGCAGGCUAUAAUGUCAUCGAUGAUUCGGAUGCUGCGAAAAUAGAAAGGUUUUUCAAGCUGUUAGACGAGCUCGGCGCUGGGUCUGCCAACCAUGUCCUCAAGAAAAUGAAAAAGGUAUGGGGCGGUGCAUACUCCAGCGAAGCAGCCACUAGCGGCGACGACGAAAAAGAUAUCCUAGCUUACUAG